GAAACACGUGCGCAUCGAAGCGGCCCGCACUGCUCGCCGUGAACACAGUCAGCCGCCGCCGUGUCCUGAAGCCAGAUGUUGAGGGUUCAGUACCGGCAUCCAGAUUAUUACAGGGUCAACUGGCUUUGUGGUGUAAUUUCACAGUAAUAGCGACGCUCGCGAAGGAUUUGUUGCACCCGAGCCCCGAGGAGGAAAAGAGGAGACACAAGAAAAAACGUCUUGUGCAGAGUCCUAACUCAUACUUUAUGGAUGUCAAAUGUCCAGGCUGCUACAAGAUCACCACAGUGUUCAGUCACGCUCAGACUGUGGUGCUGUGUGUCGGCUGCUCCACGGUCCUCUGCCAGCCUACAGGGGGGAAAGCUCGUCUGACAGAAGGAUGCUCAUUCAGGAGGAAACAGCACUAGUUUGACCAUAUGUGGCUGGACACCAUGGAGGAGGAGAAUGAACAAAACUUGGACAUCAAGUAACACUGCCAUGGAGCUGAUGCAGCAAACGGGGAAUGGAGAGCGGGAAUAUAAAUCAUGUAAUAUUACAAGUCUAUCUACGGAAAUGCUCGGCCUUGUCUAGACCCCACCAGCACCAUAUAUCCAUUAUUCUUCUCUCAUAAUAAAUUUAGGUUUUUUUUUUUUUUUUUUCUAGAAAAUAAUCUUGUAUGUUUGUCAUCCAGUUCCUCGUUUUUAAUCUCUUAAAGGUUCUUAGAUGUAAUUUGACUGGUAAUGAUCAGGGCAUUAAAGGACACAAAUGUGUGGCCCAACAGUUUUCUAUGGCAAGCGUUUUGCAUUUGUUUGCAUUAUACCCAUCAAUAAUUAAGCACUUAUAUGAAGGUGAGGGUAUACAGUGAGCCUUACAAAUACUGUCCAGCAGUUGCUCAGCACUAUAAGAUUUAUGCAUAUUUCCUAUGAAAACACAAGAAAAAUUCUAGGAGACGCAUUGUGGCUGACAUUGAAAAUUACAUCCAAGAAAAUGUCCUUUGCUACAGAGUGUUGUAAAAGUGGCACUCUGCAGAGCUGAAUAUGGAUGUGUGUUAGAGCCGGUAAUAAAUACACAGAUUAACACACAUGUUAAGUUAAUGCCACAGUUAACUCAACAUUGUAUUUAAAGGUAGACAAUGAUUUUAUCAGUGCCUGGUCCAAAGCCUGUGGCGUCGGUGCGGGGCCCCCAGCUCUCAGUCUGAACAAGGGCUGCAGGGAUUAAAGUUCUGUCGCUACUACGGAUUUCUGGCAGUUGGAGUCCAGAGAGGCCAUAAGUGACAAUGUAGAUCCGAAGGGGGGGUUGUUACCUAUGGGACUUAGGACUCACAGCACCAGGUGAUUCAGGUUAGCUAGCACUGGACAUGCUUUAAUGAGGAAAGCUCUGAUGUAUUGGAGAUCGAUUAAAAUUGUCAAAACAAAUGGAGAUGGGCUUGGCUCAGUGAAAUGGGGGAGAUCGGUAAGCCUUUGAGUUUGUGGUACAGAAAAAUCCAACACUCAGAGAUGUCAGUAUGGAAGUAAUGGCAAAAAAAGUGGCUGCAAAAUAGAACAGCAGCAAUGGUUAUACAUGGGGUGGUGCUGAAAUCUCGUAAUUUUACUUGUUUAGCAGGUGUUCAGGGCUAAGGGCGUGUGCACACUGUCUGCCUUUUUCUCAGCUGUCUCCACCUUUUUUAUAUAAAAACCUUUGGGAAGUGGCCGCUCCAAACAGGUGGCGCGGCCCCGGCUUUUUUAAAAAAAAAAAAGUUGUACAGUGAGUACACGCCCUAUUGUGGGUGCCCUCCUCUGUAACUUCUUAUACACAUUGUAGAUGGGGAACAUGAUUUAGCCUGAAAAAAGUCUUAAAUUUAAAUUUUAUUUUUUUUUCGCUGGCUCUGUGUUUUCUGCUGCUUGUCAAACAAACACAUUACAAAGUGAUGUGAAACUAAAUGACAUUACAAUGAAUAUUGUGGUUAUGAAUUUUUGUGUGCUUGCAGGCUUCCUGUGAAAAUGAUGAUGUGGGAUGAAUUCUUGUGGAGAGAAAAAACAAACUUGAGAAGAGUGGGAAUAGCUAGAUGAAUCAAAAUCAUUUAAGAUUUGUGACAUACGUUUUCUCGCAGCACAUACAGUCUCUAUGUGACAGCACUGAGUUGUACGCUAAAUAGAGACAAAUUAAAUUGGGGGAGGGAGUGAUAGAAUGAUAAUUUUCUUGUUGCUAUGGUGACAUUUUUCUUGUGUCUUGCUUGUAUAUUGGACACAGUUUACAAAUAAAAUCAUGGGAAAUAUAA